AGAGUGGGAUAAGAGCUCAGCAGGCAGGCAGGCAAGCCAUGAAAGAAAGAAGGGAGCAAGCUGCCCACUGCCCUCCCAGACCCACCAUGGAGUCUUGUGGGGCCCAUUUGCGUACACAGAGGAGAGGGGUGCCAGAGCAGGAACAAGAGCAGGAGCAACACUCCACAGAAAGAAACACUGAGCCACACAGAGCCCCAGACUUGGUGCAAUGGACUCGACAUAUGGAGGCUGUGAAGAGGCAACUGCUGGAGCAGGCUCAGGGCCAGUUGGGGGAACUGCUGGAUUGGGCCAUGAGGGAGGCCAUAGAAUCCUACCCGACACAAGACAGACCUUUCACUCCCUCCAAUUCAAAGAGCAAGACCCAGGAGCCACACCUUGGGAAACAAAAAGUUUUCAUCAUCCGAAAGUCCCUACUUGAUGAGCUGAUGGAGGUGCAGCAUUUCCGCACCAUCUACCACAUGUUCGUUGCUGGCCUGUGUGUCUUCAUCAUCAGCACCCUGGCCAUCGACUUCAUUGAUGAGGACAGGCUGGUGCUAGAGUUAGACCUACUGAUCUUCAGCUUCGGACAGCUGCCCCUAGCGCUGGUGACGUGGGUCCCCAUGUUCCUGUCCACUCUGUUGGUGCCCUACCAGGCCCUGCGGCUGUGUUCAAGGCCCCAGACUGGGGGCCUCUGGACACUGGGGGUGGCCCUGGGCUGUGUGCUGCUGGCUGCCCAUGCUUCAGUGCUCUGCAUCCUCCCGGUCCAUGUGGUCCUGAAGCAUGAACUGCCGCCGGCUUCCCGCUGUGUACUGGUCUUUGAACAGGUCAGGCUCCUGAUGAAAAGCUACUCCUUCCUGAGAGAGACUGUGCCUGGGACCCUUCGUGUGAAAGGAGGUGAGGGGGUCUGGGCCCCCAGUUUCUCCAGCUACCUCUACUUCCUCUUCUGCCCCACACUCAUCUACCGGGAGACUUACCCCAGGACUUCCAGCAUCAGGUGGAAUUAUGUGGCCAAGAACUUCGCCCAGGCCUUGUGCUGUGUGCUUUAUGCCUGCUUCAUCCUGGGUCGCCUCUGUGUCCCUCUCUUUGCCAACAUGAGUCAGGAGCCCUUCAGCACCCGUGCGCUGGUGCUCUCAAUUCUGCAUGCCACACUACCAGGCAUCUUCAUGCUGCUGCUCAUCUUCUUCGCUUUCCUGCACUGCUGGCUCAAUGCCUUCGCUGAGAUGCUACGAUUUGGAGACAGGAUGUUCUACCGGGACUGGUGGAACUCAACAUCUUUCUCCAACUACUACCGUACAUGGAACGUGGUUGUCCAUGACUGGCUGUACAGCUACGUGUAUCAGGAUGGGUUGUGGCUCCUUGGUGGCCGGGCCCGAGGGGCAGCCAUGAUGGGUGUGUUCCUGGUCUCCGCGGUGGUACACGAGUACAUCUUCUGUUUCGUCCUGGGGUUCUUCUACCCCGUCAUGCUGAUGCUCUUCCUUGUGUUUGGGGGGCUUCUGAACUUCACGAUGAAUGACCACCACACAGGCCCUGCAUGGAAUGUGCUGAUGUGGACCUUGCUUUUCCUGGGCCAGGGCAUCCAGGUCAGCCUGUACUGUCAAGAGUGGUAUGCGCGGCGGCGCUGUCUUCUGCCCCAGACAACCUUCUGGGACCUAGUGACACCUCGGUCUUGGUCCUGCCAUCCCUAGAGGUCAGGACAGCUGCAUUGCCCAGAGAGCAGCACCAAGCUCUUCUCUGUCUGCCAAGCCUGGAGCCAGAGCUUUCUGCUCAGUACCCCCAGAGCUGCUCUGAAUUGAGAACACAUAUGCAGGACUCUACCUGAACCACAGGGACUCUGGUCUGGACACCUAUGGGCAGCUGAGCAUGGAUCAGCAUGAAGUAACCUUCAAGCGUCCUUCUCUGUGUGUUGGGCACAGGUCCCCGCAGCUCAUGCCUGUGCAGACUUGAGAAUUAAGGGGCCAUAAAGAUGUACUGCACAUUGGGGCCCUCAAAGGAAUGGGGGCCACCAAAGCUGGAGAUGGGUUUGGCUCUUAACUAUGUACUCCUCUCAACACAAUAA